GUGUGAAUGUGAUUGGAUGCUGCUGCUGCAUCUUUUCUUCCCAUUCCUUUUCUUCUCCUAGCUUUCUCUGCACUCCUUUAUUAUUUUAGGUUCCCACCUUGUGGGGAAUUGAGACUUGUUUUUGCAAAUAAGUGGGCAUAUAAAUAUAAUAUUUUGAAUAAUGCUACAUAAAUUAAUCUCAUUAUAUGAUAAUUUUUGUUAAGAUAAACAUUAUCGACACAUUUUUAACGGUGGCAGGAAGAAUAAUUUAUGAAGUGUAAGUGGCAGCAGAUCAUAGGGAAGGGUACCCCACUAAAUGUGUCAUCAAUGUCAAAGCUUGGUCUUUGUGCUUAUUCCUCUUAUCUUUGUAACCCAUAGUACUACUAUUUUAGUUCUCUCUGUCAUCAUUCAUCUCUUGCAUGCACCCAGCAAUAAGUGGUAUGGGCAAUAUUGGUGUCUCCAAGGACUGAAAUUUAUUUGUAAUUUGGCUUGCUCUUGGAAUUCCAAAUUCCGGGUUUCUAGUUUUUUUGCUACAGAAAAAUGAAUGGUACAGAGGAAAAGCCUAUGACUGUGAGUGAGGAACAUGAUGCAGGUUCUUGCAGAAGAACAGUUUCUCUUCCCGUUCAAAAGCAUUUUUUUACAAGUGGGGAGGUGAAUUAAUGGAGAGGCUGGAGGGAGAAAGAAUCUGUUAUCAAUAAGGCAGAUAAAUUCAGUAGCCCUGUUCCAAAUAAUCUAAUUCUGUUGUAACUUGGUGGCUUUCAAGCUAUGAUUAGUGAAAAGAUUGAGUUGAUAAUCCAAUGGGGAUAACUGAAGAAACCACACAUGUUCCUCCUCGGAAGCGACAGAAUCUUCUUCUAGAGAUACCCUCAAGAACAGAAGAGUGUUCUCAAGAAUUUGUUGCUAUCAAAAUACCACCGACACCAAGUUCCAAUCCCACUCCUACUCCAAAGAGAGUGAAUUUUCUUGUGAGUUCUCACUCUGUUGAUCCUCCAACAUAUAAUUCUCCUGGGCCUUCAACAUCAAGAAGCAAAUCAUCCAUUAGAAGCCUGCUUCCAAAACUGAGCUUCAGGUAUCGAACACCAAUAGAUAUUGAAAAACCUAAUGCUGCAGCUCCAGAAAUUUCCUCUUCAGGCAUUGGAGAAAAGUCUUCAAUCUCAAGAUCAUUGUCUCUUACUAAGAUAUUUACUCCUAGGAUUAAGAGAACGUCAUCAUUACCACUGGAUGAAAUUAGACAAUCAAACAAUGAAUCUUCUCAUGGUGGAAGUGUUGGUGGUCCCUUAAACAAAAGAGAAACCCAGCGGAAGAUAGCUCGCUCUCUUUCAGUACCUGCCAACAACAAGGAUAAAAGCAUAAGGAGGAUGGAUUCAUUUUUCCGUGUUGUUCCUUCCACUCCUCGAGUAAAAGAAGGAAAUGAAUUGUUGGCCACACCCACAACAAAUGACACUGAAAACGAAGAUGCUAAUGGUGAAGAUAUAGCUGAAGAAGAGGCUGUGUGUAGAAUAUGUCUGGUUGAUUUGUGUGAAGGAGGUGAGACCUUCAAGUUGGAAUGCAGCUGUAAAGGUGAACUUGCUCUGGCUCACCAAGAAUGUGCAAUUAAAUGGUUUAGUAUAAAGGGUAACAAGACCUGCGAUGUGUGCAAGGAGGAAGUUCGAAACUUACCUGUCACACUAUUACGGAUCCAAAGUGUUCGAAAUCGGAAUAAUGGUGGAAAUAGGUCUCAAUUUGAAGAUGUAAAUGGAUACAGAGUUUGGCAGGAAGUCCCAGUGCUUGUCAUUGUUAGCAUGCUUGCCUAUUUCUGUUUCCUUGAGCAGCUAUUGGUUGGAAAAAUGGGAACUGGUGCAAUUGCCAUAUCUCUUCCAUUUUCCUGUGUAUUGGGUCUACUCUCCUCCAUGACAUCAUCAACAAUGGUGAAGAGCAGGUUCAUCUGGAUUUAUGCAUCUGCUCAGUUUGCUCUGGUGGUUCUCUUUGCACACAUAUUUUACUCCGUGGUUCAUGUGCAAGCAGUUCUGUCAAUCCUUCUGGCUACAUUUGCUGGCUUUGGUGUGGUGAUGAGUGGAAGUUCUAUUCUUGUGGAGUUUUUUAGAUGGAGGAGAAGAGUGCAGGCUCUACAAGAGCAGCAACAUGGGCCGCAACUGAUGCCACAGGCAGCACAAAAUCCUCGAACUCCAAACACGCCGCGUCCAGGUUCAGGGUCAGGUCCUUCCAAUCACAGUCAACCUGUGGUGCAAAGUCAACAGAACUCAAAUCAGAGCUGAAUUGAUGUGUUUGUGGUUUCUCUUAACACUAGGGGUUGCAGCUGAUUGCUUUUCAUUCUGGAUUUGGAAGUACUUAUUGUGUAUAGGGAAUUAAACUUUAUUACUUCGUUACAUAUUAGACUUCAUUGUACAGAUUAUGGUAGCGAUAGAGUGACUUAGAAUGUAGCUCAUGCUAUGAAAUUUCUGUCUGUUUAUUUGUACUGGGAACUUCAAUUUUCAACUCAUCAAAACCAGAAGGCUUCUGGCCUUCCUUUUUGCAGUCUUGGGUGAGAUAAUGAUUUUAUUUUUGGUCACGAGAGUGAUGAGGAAGUUUUGUUUGUUAGUUUGUCUUGGAGGUUUGAUCAUUUUGAUGGGGCAACACCAAAUGUAAUAAUGUAGUAAACUAAAUGAAGCUUUAUUCCCUUCCACCCUA